GCAGCGUUUAUACGUGCAAACGAAAGUGGCUUGCAUCUGUGUGGAGGAGCCGCGCAUCUAUUACAGACUGACGAACCUGAAACAAUGAUCUCCCUAUUGCAAUUUGUGCUACUCUGUGCGACGUGGUAUCACAUUUGUUAUACUCAACGUCAUGACUCAGGAAUGGCAUCAGAUGAAAUGAUGGAUAAAGUGAGAAAGCUGUUAAAUGGAACAGAAAGGCUGGCGGCACUAUAUCGGACGAACUGGUCAUUAAUUAUGGAUGAAACAAGGUGCUGGACCUCAAUAAAAAAUGGAACCGAUGAUGUUGGAUUUCGACAUUCGUUGAGAUAUCAGCUGUUAACCAACGAAAUUAGACUUACAUCAAAUUGGAUCAGAAGGCGUUUAACUGGCUUCUACUACGUAGGGCGACAGCAGGGUAAUGCGACGGUUGUCCUGAAAGCUUUCGAUGAACAAUGGCGUAUGCACCCAGCAAGCGGGAACUUUUCGAUCCUUUACGCCGAUAACAAAUGUUUUGCCCUGAAGAAGAAGGAAGGACCACCAGACAAACCGGAGUGCGCUGCAUGGAUUCUACGAAACACUUUGAAUGAAACUCACAAUGAGUGUAUUCAGAAUUUUAAUAAGACAUGCGUUCGCAGUGGGACAGAUGUGCAUAAGUACGACAAGGAAAAGUGCAAGAAAAACAGCGCAGAAGAAUAACAACUGCAGAAAGAGGCACGUAAUAACUAUUGAAAGACCAUACUUGGGCAGAAAUAAAAUUUCUCGUUAAG